CCACGGGGACUCGAAUCGUGUUUUACAGACUGCUUUCAUUUGCAACCAUAAAACUAUGAGCUCGCCGUCGGAGAGGGGUUCAACUAUCGGGGUUCUCGGGCAGAUGUCAGUGCUGUUGGCUGUUUGAUCCGAAGCUCCAACGAGUGUUUCUUUAAGUGCGUGUGUGGAGUUUUCCUGCACCGGGUGAUAGGAGGGGUUGGAGAGUGACGCUGGCUGCGCCUUGGUGCUGAGCGGAGCGCUCACCUGCAGAUGAGAGAGCCGGGGAAACUCGGGGCAGAGCUGCAGCACACUCACGGAGCGCACGGAGGGACGUAAGGAGCAGUCUGACCAAGCAGUGGGGGGGAAUUAAACAAUUACUGGAGAAGAAUCACGGAACGACCCUCUCUCUGGUUCCUUGUCCAGGCUGCUUUCACUCGCUUGCUCGCCACCAUGAGAACUGACUUCGCUCUGGUCCUAACAGCAGCCCUUCUUCUGGACACAUUCUGGAGGAAUAAUGGGGAGCAUGCUUCCAAGGGUCUCUGCCGACCGGGCUUCUCACAAAGCUUCUACUCUGUGCUCAUUUCAAAGGAUAUACUGCAAGGCCAGGGUCUACUCAAAGGUACCACAGUACCGUCACAAAAAGUGAAAUUUGACGACUGCAUGGGGAAUGAAGCUGUGGUUUUCCAGAGCAGUGACCCCAUCUUCAGUGUGAGGACAGAUGGAUCCAUCUUUGCCCAGGGAGAAGGAGCCAAUCUGGACGAACCAGUCCAGUUUAAACUGACAGCAAGUGGUCCGCACACACAUGUCUGGGAGACUAUGGUCCAACUGGCACUGAUUGAUCCGCCAUCACGUCAACAAAAUGAAAAUGAGGUCACAAAGGACGAGGGGAGAGUCGCUGAGAGGAAAGAGAAGAAGGAGGUGUUCCAGUCUCCACCUACUGUCAUCAUGUUCUCAGGGUCUGCCCUCAACGGCACCAAGGGUCUACGGAGGCAGAAGAGGGACUGGGUGAUCCCACCAAUCAAUGUGGCAGAAAAUUCUCGAGGACCAUUCCCUCAGAUGCUCGUCAGUAUUCGUUCAGACCAGGACCAGGACAUCUCGAUCCGAUACAGCAUCACUGGAGUUGGAGCAGAUCAACCACCCAACGAGGUGUUCAAUAUCGACCCUGUGCUUGGGAAGAUGUUCGUCACCAAACCUCUUGAUCGAGAACAUCGCUCUUCUUAUCAUCUGCGAGCCCAUGCUGUGGACAUGAAUGGGAACCAGGUCGAGAACCCCAUCGAUCUGUACAUCUUCGUCAUCGAUAUGAAUGACAACAGACCUGAGUUCAAAAACCAGGUUUACAAUGGCUCUGUGGAUGAAGGCUCUAAACCAGGAACGUACGUGAUGCACCUGUCAGCAUUCGAUGCCGACGACAACACCACGGCUAAUGGAAUGGUGCGCUAUCGAAUCCUGUCCCAGACACCACACAGCCCAAUCCCUAACAUGUUCACCAUCAACAGCGAGACUGGGGAUAUUGUGACAGUGGCGCCUGGUCUUGAUCGAGAGAAAGUGUCCCAGUAUACCAUCAUCGUGCAGGCCACGGACAUGGAGGGCAACCUGAACUUUGGCCUCUCCAACACAGCCACUGCCAUCAUCACUGUCACGGACAUCAACGACAACCCUCCCAUGCUGACCUCCAGAACUUUUUCGGGUGAGGUCCCAGAGAACCGAGUGGAUGUCGUAGUGGCCAAUCUGACAGUUAUAGACGCCGAUCAACCGCACUCGCCCAACUGGAACGCCAUCUACAGAAUCAUCAGCGGUGACCCAUCUGGGCAUUUUACCAUCCGCACCGACCCUGUCUCCAAUGACGGCAUGGUCACCGUGGUGAAGCCAGUAGACUUUGAGAUGAACCGUGCCUUCAUGCUGACGGUGGUGGUGUCCAACCAAGCCCAUCUAGCUAGUGGCAUCCAGUCAUCGCUCCAGUCCACAGCGGGGGUCACCAUAUCUGUCCAGGACGUCAACGAACCCCCCUACUUCCCCACAAACCCGAAACACAUCCGCUUCGAGGAGGGCGUCCCUGCCGGCACCAGCCUGACAACGUUCUCAGCCUCAGAUCCCGAUCGACUUCAGAUGCAGCAGCUAAUCAGGUAUUCAAAGCUGAAUGACCCAGCGGACUGGCUGUCCAUCAACAGAAGCAACGGUCAGAUAGUAACCACGGCGAUGCUUGACCGGGAGUCCAUCUACGUUAAAAACAAUAUAUAUGAAGCCACAUUUCUGGCAACAGACAAUGGCUCGCCUGCUGCCAGCGGCACCGGCACACUGCAGAUCUAUCUGAUAGAUAUUAAUGACAACCCCCCAGCCCUCAUACCAAAGGAGUCUCAGAUCUGUGAGAGGAUCAACAAGAACGUCCACGGUGUCAACAUCACUGCCGCUGAUGCUGACACGGACCCCAACGCUGGACCUUUCGUCUUCGAGCUGCCCAACUUUCCCACUAGCAUCCGACGCAACUGGACGAUUUCUCGGAUCAGCGGUGAUUAUGCCCGUCUGGGUCUCCGGUACCAGGUAUAUUUAGAGCCUGGAGUGUACGAGGUCCCUGUAAUUGUGUCCGACUCGGGGAACCCUCCUUUGUCUAACAGAUCAGUCAUCAAAGUGAAGGUGUGUCCCUGCGAUGAAAACGGAGACUGCACCACUCUCGGGGCCGUGGCAGCCGCUGGCCUGGGAACCGGAGCCAUCAUCUCCAUCCUCAUCUGCAUCAUCAUACUGCUCAGCAUGGUGCUGUUGUUCGUGGUGUGGAUCAAGCGCAGGGAAAAGGAGAGGCAGACGAAACAGCUGCUUAUUGACCCCGAGGACGAUGUCAGAGACAACAUCCUCAAAUAUGACGAGGAGGGAGGAGGAGAAGAGGACCAAGACUAUGACCUGAGCCAGCUGCAGCAGCCCGACUCCCUAGAGCACAUCAUCAGCAAGCCACCUGGUGUCCGCAGGGUGGAUGAACGUCCCAUCAUCCCCGAGUCCCAGUACCCCAUCAGACCCGUCGUGCCCCACCCUGGAGACAUUGGGGACUUCAUCCAUGAGGGUCUGCGAGCGGCAGACAACGACCCCACGGCUCCUCCGUAUGACUCCCUGCUGGUGUUCGACUACGAGGGCAGCGGCUCCACCGCCGGCUCAGUCAGCUCCCUCAACUCCUCCAGCACGGGGGACCAGGACUAUGACUACCUCAACGACUGGGGCCCCCGCUUCAAGAAGCUGGCCGACAUGUACGGAGGAGGGGAUGAUGAUUAAAUUUGUCCGGUCACACAUGCACACGCACCCUCGUCCCGUCAGCUGGCCUGCCAUGCUCUGUUCCGCGGGGCUACUACACCCUAACUGAACACACGUUAACUCUGACAUGUUCACACUGACCAACUGACUGUCCAACCAACCAAUCAAGUUACCCACCACAGAGGACCAGUGCCAUGAGUCAGUUUCGGGUGCUCUUCUCAACCGUCUCCUGCUCUAAGCCUGUCUAAGACUGAAAUGGAAGCUCUGAUUCGCAGGCUUCUCGUAGUGUGCAUUCUCAAACUCUUGUGCUUUUGUUUCAUUUUAAGUCUCACCACUAGAUGUAGGUUUCAGUUACUUUUGUCAGAUUUUUUUUUAUACUUAAUUUUGUGUAGCUGGGUUUUUUUUCCCCCGUCCUCACUCCUUUUUGAUUCAAGCUGUUCCCUAUUCCUGAGGGUAUUCUCUUUUCCCUCGCUGUCAGCCCCUGCCUGCCUCUCCGAAGAAGCUUUAGGUUGAGCUGCUUGUUUUGUCUGAGGCAAACAAAAAGGAAAAUAAGAACAAGAACAUAGAUAUGAAAGUCGCUCCUGUGUGGAGAACCCUGGUUUAUUCUUUCUUGAACUUGAAUUACUUAGAACAGAAGCACUGUUGUUUAAAAAGUGCCUUCAGUGGUGCGUAUUUUAGCAGACUCCCGCUAACUCAGGAUUGGUUGCCAUUUUUUUGGGCUCACAGGCCCCCAUAGGACCCCUGACCCUUUAAUCCAGACCUCCCUUGUCAUUUCUCCCGUCCUACAGGGCUGUGGUAGCUGCGGGAGAUGUCAGUGCUGGUUUCAGAGGAGCAGUGACUGGCUUACGAGGGCGCUUUAUGUAGACGGACUGUACAUAGGCCUACAGUGUGUCUGUAAGUUAUGAACAAAUCGUUAACUUUUCAAGUCAGGCAUAUCUGUGCUCCUAAAUCACAGCCAACUUGAAUGUGGUUACUGAAAUCACAAAAACACCUAGUGGGACUGUCUUAGAGAAGAAAUGCAUUGUGUCUCCUUGUUUAUUGUGGCUUCAAUAGCAGCUGUGUUUGUUUUGAGCUCUUUGUGUUUAAACCUAAAACUUGAUAGGUUCCAAUUUUAAGUCCUUUGUGUUACAGUAUCGUUAUAAUUUUAUCGUAUAUGAAGUGCAAUGUGGGUUAUUUAAGGAGACUUUGCCUUUAAGAGCAUUAAGGUUUGCAUGUGUAUCCCGACACCCAGAGGUUAAUUAACAUGACACCAGUUAUUGUGUGUUAAAAGUGUCACCAAAACUAUAUAAACCAUUCAGAUAUGAAGGAGAAGAAGGCACUAAAAAACUUGAAAUGGCUCUGAUAAUGUCAUGUACAGAAUUGUGAGCUCACACGAGUCCCUUUCUCUCGCUCUCUUUUAUUUGCUUUUGUUGAUUCCCUGUUGUUUCUCGACUAACUUUUAAGAUACAAGCUUCGGUGCUGGUCCCUGUCACAGAAACUGGGGGGAAUUGAGCCUCAGCCAGGGACUUAGCGCCUUCGCAAUCUGUCUCUCUUCAGGCAACAUUUCAUUCAUCGGAAAUUUUCUCCUGAAAUUUUUUGGCUUCUAGUUCAAGAGGUUUUGAAAAGAACUUAGAGGAAAGAAGUCUGUAUGAAGUUCUGCACUUUAUCAAAGCAGAAAAGCAAAACUAAAGCUUCAGUAAUAACGCUUUCUCCAAGACAGACAUUUUGAAAGACAGUUUUGUUGUGACUUAAUGAAAAAGCAGCACUACCCGUGGGCUUUUGUAAUCACAUUUCAGGCCCCGGAACUGCUUAUAGAGAACUUGGGGGGGGGGGAUGCUUUUGUCUGUGUAUUAAAUUAUUUAAAUAUGCAAAACAUUUCACAGAGGGACCAGGGAGUUUCUGGAGAAUGACAAAGAUUUAAUCAUUCUUUAUCUGCUGAAUGCCCAUUGAAACACUCGUCUCAUGGUGGCUAGCUUAAAGUUGAUGCGGAUUCACCGGAUCUUUUAUUAAUUAUGACUUAAUUAAUUUGCUCCAUUGUGAUGAACGCUUGGAGGAAAAUCUCCAUAAUGACGUUCUUCAGAAGAUGUGAUGAAAAGGAUCCACCACUUGUACUCUUCUCUCUCUUGCUGCUUCUCAACUGUUCCUGGCUGUUUGGGGAUAAAAAUGAUCUUUAGUUUUAAUAAACGGCAAUGCAAACGGUAAAAAGAGCUUCAACGUGAAAAAGUACGUUUACUUUCAGAGAGGGUGGAAAGGAACUGACUUGUGACGAGAUAAAUGGAAAAUUUUAGCUGUUAAGUACAAAUGAAAAGAAAUGAAAAUGAGAGGGUGUUUGAACUAGAAAUAGGCAAAAGAACAUCAAAGUGUAAUUAAUAAGGUUAACAGGGUAGCAAUCUGUAGAUUUAGAUUCAUGGCUAGAUGGCUGUAAAUUGCCCCUUGCAUUGUAGAACCUGAAAGUGGCGAUAUUCAGGACAGCUGUCAGCUCAGACACGAGGAAAAGGAGUUUCUUACCACAGCUCACUGGUGGAUAAGCUCUUAUCUAUGCGACUCCUCCUCAGCCUGCAGAAUAUCCUCACAAAAUAAACACAGCUGUUACUUUCUGCUAUUUGUGAUUAUUUCUGACAUAUAAAUGUUGUAUAUACGGAACAUUUUUUUAUACAUUUGGUGACUUGAUUUCUCUGUUUCUGUGUGGUCUUUUUUUUCCCCCCGCUAUCAUUUUGUUUCAAACAAAUACUUGGCAAAUUCUAUUUCACAAAAAGCCAUGUGCAUUUAAGAGAAUCUAUGGGAUUCCGUUUGAGCUUACAGCCAUAUUCGUGUCGCUGUUCAAGUUUUGCUUCAUCUUGGUGAAAACGUUCCACUUCAGACCAACUUGUACAGUCCAGCACACACUCACUCCUCUAGGCCUUACUGUAUAUAUGUGAGUGUUCUAUAUUAUACGAGCUCGUUCAGCGUCGUUCUAAUUCCGCUGCGGAGCUGCAACAUUACUGACGGCCAUCCGGUGUCCACAGCAUUAAGACAUGCUUCAUGGAAUGAGACAUUCAGGCCAUAUUCAGGGCCGAGCAGAACCGGAGGCCCCACACACACUUUACACAAGGUAACUGACCUUUAUAACUGUGUCAUACGUACAUACAUAAUGCAAUGCCAUUAUGACACUGAAUGUUAUCAAUGACUCACAAUUACACACAGCAGCAAAUCAUCAGUGGAAUCGGCCAAACUUGACAGUCCAUUUAAAUGCAAUUUGUAAAGAGAAAUGAAGGGAGAUUGAUCAUUACUUGUUUCGUCCACUUGUCUUAUUGACUUUCCCCUCCUAAAAUGGGGGAAGAAUUAGCAAAUGAGAAUGAAGGAAGAACUAUUGCACUGCUGUAGUCCAACCCUGACUUCUGCCCGUCUGGUGUUAGUUAAAGGAUAUUUGGUCUCACUGUGGACACUGCCUGACCAUGGACACGUACAUGAUGGGAGCCUCCAAUAGAAGCCAAACUUUUGUCCUGCUAUGGCCGGAAUCUCAAAAACAGACAGCAGUGUUUCAUAUGAGUUCUCCGAAUAUUAUUCAAGUCCAAGUGUACAUAGUGUAGUAUUUGCUCGAAGCUAAACAGACAAAGUUAGACAAACUGUAACUGUACAAUUGGAGCUUUUUGCAUGUGUCUUUUUAUAAUGGACAGAUGAGUUCUAUUACAGUAACCAUACAACAUUUCAAAAAGUGUCGCAGCCCGCAUGUCGGAGGCUGCAGUCCAGAAGGGAUUCUGGUGUACCAUACUCGCAUAGCUUCAAAUGGAGGAGAAAAAAAACCUGAAAAAAUUAUUGCACAGUUAUUGAGUCAAAGACUUUUUUUGUAAAUUGUCAACAGCACAAAUAUUUUGUAUUGUUGUUUGUACCAUUUUGUAAAAAAAAAUUAAGGAAAAAAAAAGAAAAAAAAAAGGGAAGAAGUCUGUUGUUUCAAGCGUGUGUUUAUAGUGCCACUGCAAUCUUGGUUUCCAAAUACCGUACAGUACAUGCGCAGCCUUGCAGAUCAACCUUGUAAUAUAGACGCUGAGCUGGAGAUUCCCUGUCAGCACCAUGUGUUAUAAAUAAAAUUUCCCCUCCUUGUAAGAA